CUUAUAAAACUGAAACAAACAUGGAUUUAAAACGAAGGGCAAUGGAAGGCGCAAUUGUACCUGCAAAAAGAGCCAAAACUGAUAUGGUGGUUCACUCAGGGAAAGGCAAUCAACUGGUUGAAUCGGGUCCAGCAAGAACAUCAAACCUAACAGCUCCAAUCAUGUUACUGACUGGUCAUGAAGGAGAUAUUUUCACUGCCAAAUUUUCACCAGAUGGACAGAUGCUGGCUUCAGGUGGAUUUGACAGAUUAAUUUAUUUUUGGAAUGUGUAUGGUGAAUGCGAUAAUUUUCAUGUGUUGAAAGGACAUUCUGGUGCCAUAAUGGAACUACAGUUCUCAACAGAUAGCAGUAAUCUGUUCACUGCCUCCACAGAUAAAAUAGUAGCAGUUUGGGAUGUGGAAGUGGGUGUCAGAAUACGCAAGUUAAAAAGUCACCAAACAUUUGUCAACUCUGUGAAUCCAGCUCGACGUGGUCCACAGCUACUUUGUAGUGGAAGUGAUGAUGGCACAAUUAAGUUAUGGGAUGCCAGAAAGAAGGGAGUAAUACAGACAUUCCAGAAUACCUACCAAGUGACAUCCACCUGUUUUAAUGAUACAGCUGAACAGAUUUUCUCAGCUGGUAUUGACAAUGAUAUCAAGGUGUGGGAUUUAAGAAAGAAUAAUGUGCUAUAUAAGAUGAGAGGCCAUCUUGAUACACCAACUGGUAUGGAACUUAGUCCUGAUGGUUCUUACCUACUCUCUAACUCUAUGGAUAAUACUUUACGAGUAUGGGAUGUGAGACCAUUCGCUCCCCAAGAAAGAUGUGUCAAGAUUCUACAGGGUCAUCAACACACAUUUGAAAAGAAUCUACUCCACUGUAGCUGGUCAGCUGAUGGGUCUAAAGUGGGAGCAGGAUCUGGAGAUAGAUUUGUGUAUGUAUGGGACACUACCACUCGAAGGGUGCUGUACAAGUUACCAGGGCAUGCUGGAUCUGUAAAUGAAGUUGAUUUCCAUCCAUUUGAACCCAUUGUUUUAUCAUGCUCGAGUGACAAAAAGAUAUAUUUGGGUGAAAUUGAGCCUUGAACGAGGGGCAGGCAUUUAAAUAAAUGGGAAUCUAUUUGGUGGCUAAAAAAUAAUGGUUUUAUACCCUGAAGGAUUUUUGACAUAAUGACAUUUUUGGGCUGUUGAUUUGAAAGUUUGAAUGCCAGAAUUUUGGAUGAAAAAUUGGAUUGUUAAGUGUUUUGAAAGAGAAUCUCAGUGAACGCUUGGGAGUUCCAGUCAGACCUGUCUGGAAACUGCAUCCAAAUCAAUAGCCCUGAUUCUCAAGUGAAUUUUCCCAGCAUACAGUAAACAGUGACAUUAUCUCAAAAUGACAUCCUCUUCAGUGACAUUAUCCAUGGAUGUGAUGUCAGACAGUUGACAUUGUCAUUAUCAUAUGACAUUGGAACAAAGUCAACAUUAUCAUCAAGUGACAGUAUCAUUACCUGUGGUUUUUGUCAUACAAUUGGCAUUAAUGUCAUCAGUGUCAUUAUCUGAAUAUCAACAUUAUCAUUGGAAUGUCAUCAUAGUCAUCAUCAUAUACCAUUAAAUCAUAGUGACAUUAUCCUUGGUGACAUCUCUAGACAUGCUGUCACCAUUAUCAUCCAGUGACAUUAUCAUUUGUGAUAUGAUGUACAUAUUCAUUGGUAUGAUUUCAGCCAUUAUAAUACAGAAUGUUCAAAAUCAUUAUCAUGUUGGCCUUUUCAUACAAUACCAUUAUCAUCUAAAGCAAAUAUGAUAAUGGUAUUGAAUAACAUUAUCAUUUGUAUUAUCGUAGUGACAUUAUCAUUGGGCACAAUUUAUGAUAAUGUCAUUACCAUUCAAUAAACUCUUUUUUAUUAAUAUUAAAUUUCUUAUCAAAA